AUGUUUCCUUUUUCUUUCUACCUCCUUUUUCUUUUUCCUCCCUUCUUUCUUUCUUUUUCUUUCUUUCUUUUCUUUCUUUCUUUUUCUUUCUUUGCUUUACAUUAUUCUCUUCUGUCUUUUUCAUUCUUUUUCUUUCUUUUUUCUUUCUUUUUCGUGUUUCUUUUUUCUUUCUUUUUUCUUUCUACUUUCUUUUUUUUCAUUCUUUCUUUCUUUUUCGUUCUUCCUUUUUUCUUUAUUAUUCUCUUCUUUCUUUUACUUUCUUUUUUUAUUUUUCGUGUUUCGUGUUUCGUGUUCUUUUUUCCUUCUUUCUUUUUCUUGUUUCUUUCUUUUUCUUUGUUUUUCUUUCUUUCUCUUUCAUUAUCACUUUUUCUUUCUUUCUUUUUCUUUCUUUCUUUCUUUUCAUUAUUCUCUUCUAUUCUUCUUUUCCUUUCUUUUUUCUUUCUUUUUCUUUCUUUUUUCUUUCUACUUUCUUUCUCUUUUUUAAUUCUUUCUUUAUUUAUUUCUUCUUCAUUAUUCCCUUCUUUUUUUACUUUCUUUUUUUAUUUUUCAUGUUUCGUUUUCUUUCUUCUUUCUCCUUCUUUCUUUUUCUUUCUUUCUUUUUUCUUUCUUUCUUUUUCAUUAUCUCUUUUUUCUUUUUACUUUCUUUUUUCUUUCUUUCUUUUUUGUAUGUUUCAUUAUUCUUUCUUUCUUUCUUUCUUUCUUUCUUUCUUUCUUUCUUUCUGUUAUUAG